UCCUUUUUAUUUAAAGCUCAAAAUCCACAAAUGAAGGAAGCAAAUCGAAAAUUUGACAAUACAGACACUCAGUUUUCUUCUUUACAAUAAAAACAGAGGAAAACAACAAAGAUUGAUACGGAAAAAUAAGAGAAGAGGAUGGAGGAAGUAUUUGUAUAUGUGGAGGAGUUUCCAUUUCAAACGUCCUACGACGUUUCGCGCUGUAGGAUUUGCCACGAAGAAGAAUUCGAAAGCCCUCUCCAACUUGAAGCCCCCUGUUCUUGUUCAGGUACCAUUAAGUUUGCUCAUAGAGAUUGUAUUCAGAGAUGGUGCAGCGAAAAAGGCAGCACGGUUUGUGAAAUUUGUCUCCAGAAUUACGAACCUGGAUAUACUGCACCUUCUAAGAAGCCUCAUCACGCCGAUCCUCCAAGUGUCACCCUUAGGGAUGGUGUGGAAAUCCCGAGAAGCGAGGACGAAGAGACGGCAGAGCCGGCAUCGUCACCCGAUGACGACAGCGCGUCCGUCUCCGCCUGCUCCACCACCGCUGACCGUGGUGCCUCCUGCUGUAAAUCAGUCGCUCUUACUUUUACUUUAGUGUUGUUGGUGAGACAUUUCUAUGAUGUGGUUGCUGUUGGCACUGCUGAUUAUCCAUUUACACUUGCCACUGUGCUUAUUUUAAGAGCCAGUGGAAUUAUUUUUCCUAUGUACGUGAUAAUUCGAACGGUUACUGCUAUUCAAAACAGUGUUCGUCGAAAUCGGUAUCAGUAUCGAUAUCGGAAUCACGAGGAUUCUGAUGAUGAUGAUGAUGAUAUUUCCAGCUUUGAAGAUGAUGAUAGAAGACUGCAUCAUAUUGUCUAAGCUUUAUACAGACACUCAUUAUUUGUUACAUUUUUUUAAAAAAGGAAAAUUAUUUGAACUAACUCAACACAUCAUAGAUUCUUCACUUUGUCAAUAUUUUCCCCCUAAUUCAAUGUAAUUUUAUCUCAAUAAUGGAAGGAAAAAAAAUAGAAAUCUUUUCUUUUUUUCAAUCUGUGCAAACACUUUCAGAUUGUAAUAUUCAAUGGUAAAAUUUCAAUUUUUUUGUUAA